AUGCUCGCUACGAAGCGUCCACGUCGUGCUGCCUCGGCCGAAGACUCGCUCGACCCACGUGUUAUGACCGAGAGACAACAACUGGCUUUCCUAUUGCGUGCUACGGCACCAUCCGACUCUUCUGAGAGCUGCUCCAGUGGCUGUAGUUCUUCCAGUGAUGAUGAUGAUGAGGAGGAAGACAAACUACCACGUCGACGACUUCCAGUGAAACGUAACAAGACGCACGAUACUCGAACGAGUAACACCAUGGGGAAAACGCCAUUGGACGCUCCUCCUGUGAUUUAUUGUGGUCGUGGUCGACCGCCGAAGAAUUCAAUUAAGUUGCCAAGGAAUACUCAACACCCCUACGCUCGACCCGUGAGGAUAUCGCCAAGGAGUCAUAAUACACGGACUACGGACAAUGCCAUGGCUGUUACCGUAGCUGCAAGUUUAAGGGCCAAGAAGCUUUCGGCUGGUCGAACAGUAAAAGCAGAGAGGAAAGAGAGAGCUAUUUCUGUAAAGCACGAGAAAACUAGUCCGUCGAGUGCUAGUGAUAUGGCUAUGAUGGACAAUGCGGCCGGAGCACCAUUUUGUGCGCUGUGUUGUGACCUGGAGCCGUUCUGCGAUGCACCGCUGUUCCUGUGUCCGGCAUGCGAUCAGAAGUACCCGACGCAGCAAACGCUCGGUCGUGUUUGUAUGACAUAG